GUCACACAACGCUCGGCAGUCCGAAGUAUGGUUUCAGCACAUUGGAGUCACGCAAGUCGCGACAACGCCAACGUUUCGUACGAAAAAGUUCGCUGCCACUGGAAGGUGGUGGAGGCGGCAGCGGAGGAGGUGCUAACGUUGGAGUCUGCGCUGGCGGCGGCAACAGCUGCAAUGGCGGUGGCAGCACGGGCAGCAACAGUGGCACAGCCAGCAGCGCAAGUGGCGGUAGUAGCGCCAGUGGCAGCAGCAAUGGUGUCAAUAGCAGCAGCAGCGCAUCUUCGACUGGAGUUGGCAGCAGCACGAACGUAGGGCUUGGGACGUCGCUGCAUCAUCCCACCAGCGCCAUUGGCAUUUGUCGCUCUGAAACAUUUCCUGUGUUGCUGGACUGCAGUCAGGGUUCCGGCAUAGUACUUGGCCCAGCGACUGCUUGCGGACGCGCCGUCACAAUUGCGCAAGUGUUGGCCGAUUCGGUGGCCGAUCGCAGUGGUUCCAUACAGAAGGGUGAUCGCAUUGUGGCCAUUAAUAAAAUGUACAAUUUGGACGUGCAGACGAUGCGUCAGUUAUUGGGCGAGAAUCGCACGCUACAGUCACAGAAGUCACAACAAUCGCCAGCAGCUAAUUGGUUGGAAUUGGAGAUUGAAAUCGACAUGGCCGAUUCGGUGGUACCGUCAAGCGGUGUGUACAAUGUUAAGUUGUUGCGCGCGGGUAAAUCGGGACUGGGCAUCAGCGUGAAUGGUUCUAGUCAUGGUGGUUUUGUUAUAUCCGAUGUGAAACCCGGCAGUCCAGCACAUCGUACUGGGUCGUUACGUGGCGGCGAUAUUCUCUUAGCAGUGGAUAAUCAUCCGGUGCAACAUUACAAUGUAGACUCGUUGCUGAAGGAGAGCACAGCCGCUAUUGAUUUUACUACGCUGACAGUGAAGCGCGUUAUGCUGCCGGACUUUCUGUUCGAUGCGCAACAAAAAAUGCCAAAUCCCAUCUACAGCAAUUGUGCGGCUAGUCCGAGUGAGCAUGAACUGUACAGCACAGCGGCAUAUGUUACGUCAAAGUUCAACGAUUGCUUGUCAUUGAAGUCUACGACGCCGCAACCAGAUUUCUUCCAUACUCCCGGCGGCGGCGGCGGCGGCGGCAUUGAUGACAACUGCAGUUUGCAGUCGGUGCAAAUGCGGCAUCAUCAACAUGCCUGCAAUACUUGGAGCGCCAACACGUCGGCGAUGGGACGUUCUUUUGCAGCGCAAAACACACAAAGUCUUACCACAGAACUACCGGACAAUGAGGAUAACAAUUAUCAGGACUUUACCGGCUACGAUCUGGACCGCUAUGCGAGUGCCGAUUGCAGUGCCUUACCACCACCCAUGGAAAAUAAGGUAUACGGCUCUGCCACGAGCUCGAGUAGCAAGAGCAGCGGCAGCAGUCUUCAUCAGAUUAUCUUCACCGUGCGACUGGAGCCAAAAGGCGGCUUGUUAGGCAUAACGCUUGCCGGUAGCGAAGAUAUUGGCAAGCCGAUAACCAUAAGUGGACUUGUGGAAGGCGGCAUUGCACACAAGCAUGGUCAAAUACAAGUUGGCGAUCAGCUACUGGCCAUCAACGACGAUUCAGUGCAGGGUAUGCCACUGUCGCAUGCAACAAGUAUUUUGCAAAAUCUCAGCGAUACGGUUGACUUGAAAAUAUUGCGCGCGCAUGAAAUAUCAAGCAUUAUGGCGGGUGGCCAUCUAGAUGCUGCUAAUUUGCCACAGCCACAGGCUAUUUAUGCCAAGGUGCAGCGGCGUCCACGCAGUCCCUCCUCGAAUACGGACGCGACUUCGGCCAGCGGCAGCAAAGAUGGCAAGCAUCGUGUCUUCCAUGUGACAUUGAAAAAAGAUAAGGUAUACGAUGAUUAUGGAUUUUCGGUGUCGGAUGGUCUGUACGAACGCGGUGUGUUCAUCAACCGCAUACGCACUGGUGGACCGGCCGAUUUGAGUGGCCUACUAAAGCCGUUCGAUAGAAUUAUGCAGGUGAAUGAGAUGAAAACGCAGGAUUUUGAUUGUUGCCUGACAGUGCCUUUGAUAGCAGCGGCCGGCGACAAGAUCGAGCUGAUCAUUCAGCGCACAGAAUGAUCGUGGCGCUUGCCAGAGCAACUGGUUUACAAAUAUAAAUACUGAAAAUGCGUGUGCCUUUUUCUUAAGAGUGUAACUACUCUGCACGAUUUUUUAUUUAAUUACAUUG